AUGGAUAGGAGAACAUUUGCCAUUUUUUGUCACCACCUUAGAACUAUUGGGGGUUUGAAAGGAACCAAAAAUAUGGAUGUUGAAGAAAUGGUUGCUAUGUUUUUACAUAUUGUAUCUCAUGACAUUAAGAAUAGAAUUAUGAGACGACAAUUUGCACAUUCGGGUGAAACAGUUAGUAGACAAUUUAAUGCGGUUUUAAAUGCUGUGUUGCGCCUUCAUGAGUUAUUGUUAAAAAAACAUGAACCAAUUCUUGGUAGUUCAACUGAUGAGAGAUGGAAGUGGUUUAAGAAUUGUUUGGGAGCACUAGAUGGUACAUACAUUAAAGUCAAUGUUUCCGCCUUAGAGAGGCCUAGGUACCGAACUAGAAAGAGCGAAAUUGCUACUAAUGUAUUAGGUGUAGUCUCACAAGAUAUGCAAUUUAUUUAUGUCUUACCUGGAUGGGAAGGAUCAGCUGCCGACUCUAGAGUGUUACGAGAUGCCAUAUCUAGGACAAAUGGGUUGAAAUUUCCACAAGGCUUCUUAGCACCAUAUAGAGGACAACGAUAUCACUUGAAUGAUUGGGAUAUCCCACCUAAUACACCUGUUGAAUUUUUCAAUAUGAAACAUUCUUCAGCUCGAAAUGUAGUAGAGAGAGCAUUUGGACUAUUGAAGGGGCGAUGGGCAAUUCUUAGAGGUAGAUCAUACUAUCCUGUCAAAAUUCAAUGUCAAAUUAUUUUGGCAUGCUGCCUUCUUCACAACUUGAUUAGAAGAGAAAUUCCUAUCGAUCCUCUAGAACAAGCAAUAGGGGAAAGUGUGGAGGACAAUUGUGAUGAAGAUGAAAGUGUAGGCAAUGAUCAUUAUACACAUAUUAAAAUAUCUAAUGCUUGGACUUCUUGGAGAGACAACUUAGCUAGAGAGAUGUUUGACCAAUGGCGCAACAGGAGGCAUACAUAA